AUGUCUUCUCGCCUUCUUCGCCCCAGAGUGGCGCCUAUCUCCUAUAAAUAUCCUCCUGUUUUUCAGAGAAAUUCGAAUCUGUUGGCGGCUCAAAUAAGGAAUGUUCAGCUCUCCUCCAGAGACGAUAAACUUACUUCUCCCACUAUUCCGGACCACACGACGACAUCCAUUGAUGAUUUUAUAUCUCCUGAGCUUUCUGGGGUCUCCGAGACCGAGGAUCUCGUAUCUUCUGCAAAAGAAGCUCCUCCCCCCAAAAAAGCUAAAUUGGCGAGGGGAAAGAAGACACCUACAAAGAGAGUCAAAAAGGUCAAAGUUGACGACGAUGAUGGUGUUGACGGUAGCACUCUGAAACAAAAGUCUCCAAAGAAAUUGCAAAAGAAGCCAAAGGCGCUCAAGUUCCCCUCCGGCGAGACUCUUUAUCCCGAUCUCAUCAAUCCUACCCCCCAAGAAUGUUACAAUGUGGCUGCUUUGUUGACUGCCGCUCAUGGUCCGGCUAACCAGCCGGAUGAGGUCCCGGAACCUGAUAAUGAGGUUUCGGGAUGCGGCGAGGUUCCGUCCGUUCUUGACGCUCUCAUCAGGACUUUGUUGUCUGCCAACACCACUAAUCUCAAUUCCUCGAGGGCUUUCAAAGGUCUCAUUGAUAGAUUUGGGUUGGUGACCGAUGAUCCCGUCGUGAUUUCUGAUGAUGCCAAAAUAUCCGAGCAUGAAGCCAGUCAGCAGAUCAUUGCAAAGGCUAAGAAAAUCGGUGUUGGUAGUGUCGAUUGGGACAAAGUCCGCCUGGCAAGCUUCGAGGAUCUCCGGGAUUCAAUCAAGCAAGGAGGUCUUGCAAACAUUAAGGCUAAGCACAUCAAGGAUGUUCUAGAUGAUGUCUAUGCAGCUAGUCUGGUUAAGAUCCGAGCUGACCUCAAAUCCCAAGGUAUCGAAGUCGGUAAAGACGAAAAGCUUGAGGGUAACAUCUCGCUCGAGCAUUUGAAGGACUGUAGUGAUGAUGAAGCCAUGAAUACACUUAUGGCUUUCAACGGAGUUGGAGUAAAGACUGCGGCCUGCGUUUGUUUGUUCUGCUUACGCAGAUCAAAGUUCCCCGUCGAUACCCAUGUUUGGCGCAUCUCAAAGUUUCUCGGGUGGAUCCCCAACAGUGCUGGCCGCGAAGAGGCCUACUAUCACCUCGAUGCUCGUAUCCCAGACAACCUCAAAUACUCACUACAUAACCUUCUCAUUCGACACGGCCGCAUGUGUGCCCACUGCAAGGCUGGCCCUGAGAAGGCCCCCGCUAAAAUCCCCGCCAACCCCGCCAUUAAGCGUACCAAAAAGAACAAGCCUGAGCCUAUCAAUACUGAUACCGAAAACACGGAGACUGAAGUCGUCAAGCCGAAGAUGCGCACUAAGAAAGUUUGGAUUGGAACUGGAAUGAUGAAGGAGGUCAUCGUCGAGGUUCCCAUCACUGGUGUUGAGGGUGAAGAGGGCGGCGAGGACCAAGAGCUUGAAUCUUGUGUCUUGGAGGAUUUGCUCAACCGUGUCAAUCCCGUGAACGAGGUUGAUACCGGUAACGAAGUUGAUUCCGGGGUUGAUGCCGAGGAUGAGGUUGAUGCCGAGCAUGAGGUUGAUGCCGAGCAUGAGAUUGAUGCCGAGCAUGAGAUUGAGGGUGAGGGUGAGGGUGAGGGUGAGGACGUAAAGAUGGAGGAAUAG